AUGGAGUUAGAUAUAGAAGAAUCUACAGUUUUUUUAAAAAAUGAAGGGUACCAAGUAGAAUGUUUUGAAAUUCUUUAUCGAUCGACUCGUGGGUUCGUUUUUGUUCAUCCAAGUCAGUUAGAAAAUCUUCAGCGGUUUGGAUGGUUAACGUUAAUAGAUUCCACACACAAAAUGAAUAAGUAUAAUUGGCACUUAUUUACAUUGUAUGUUCGGAACAAUCAUGGUUCUUGGAACGUUGGGGCGCAUUUCUAUGUGAGUAAGGAAGAUAGUAAUACUGUAGCAGAGGCCUUACGAAUAAUUCGACGUUUUGAAUGUGCUUGGAAACCUCGGUACUUCCUUGCAGACCAAAGUAAUGUAGAAGCCAAUACUAUUUCAUUAAUUUUUCCAGGUUUAUUGAGAGAUGCAGAACAUACAGCCUUCAAGUUUCGCACUAAACGAAUCUCAGUUAUCGGUAUAGACUACAAAAUUCUUGACCAAAUUCAUAAACUACCUUUUCCUUUCCAACAAUUAAUUGUUAUUGAGAUACAUGCUGUUGAAAAAAGAAUCAAAAAGGGCAAGAAGGCACCUGGCUUGCUAUCUCUUAAUUGCAAUUGCCUUUUCUUCCGUCGAUACUUAUUACCUUGCCGACAUAUCUUUCACGAACACCUAUACAGAAAAAACAAGUUAUUGACUAAUCGAGGAAGAAGAAGACAUGGGACAGAAACUGCAUUUGUUGAUACAUUGAGAUCUUCAUUAGAAUUUAUUUUAAAUUCACAAAAAUAA